UGCUCUCGACGACAACAACAAUAACGCAGCCGCGUUAUUUUAACGGUUUUUUCUGUUCAGCAGUUCAGCUCGGCCCUCGUAUGGAUUUUUUCGUUUACCCGUUCUAACUUCUAAUCGUGUUACUAAUUAUCGGUUCAGUAUUUGACAGAUUAACGGCAUAUCGUUGCGACGUUUUGUGUUGAUAAAUAUAAUUGUAUAUCAAUAUUAUUAGUUCUGUGACUAUGUAUUUCGAACGACCUCUUAUCCAGUCAUAAGACAACUCACCAUCAAUAAUAUUUCUGAACUUUGAUUCAAUUUUAAUCUACUGGCUUUCAAAAUGUCUCAAUUUGUUACUGAAUUUUCACCUCCUGUGAAAUUUAAAUCAAAGCAAGAAGAUGAGGAAAAUACUGUACUUGAGUAUUAUUUGGUAUUAGCACCAUUUCAAAAGCAGACUCAAGUAGAAUUUUCAAAUAUAAGAAUUAAAGAAACGGCCAUUAGAUUUCUGACAGUUGUUAAUUUGCUUAACAAACCUAGACAGUUUGUUUUACCUUCUGCAAAUGAUGGUAUACAUUUUGAUGUUUAUGAAUUCACUUUACAACCAAAUUCACAACGUAAGCUAUCAAUUACUUGGCAACCAUGUGUGUAUGGAAACAUGCGCAAAUUGAUUAAAAUAGAAGAAGUAGAUAACAACAGAAAAUAUGAUUUUGUUAUUUUUGGAAAUUGUAUCGACCCUUUACGCAAGAAAUUAAAAGGUUCUUCUAUAACAUUAACUAAGUCCAAAAAUUCAAAUUCAGCAAAAAAUAAAUUUAAUGGUGGGCAGAACAAAAUAAUUUUGAAUAAAACUAAAUUUGUUAAAAGUGCAUCAGAAAGAGUUGUUUUAGUUGAUAAUUCCACAAAAAUAUCUGAACCUCUUCGUGCAGAAAUUUUAGAAUCGCCCAUGAGGCGGCAAACCUUUUUAGUUGGAGAAAAAGAAAAUAUUCGGAAUUCGGAAAAUAACAUGAUUGACUAUGACACAACCUUCAAUAGUUUUGAACACUGUUUUAAACAUUCAGAUGGAAAGUAUCAAUAUACCACAUUCAAUAAUCACAUUAAUACCAAAAAUACUAAUUGUGACUUAAUGACAGAUGAUUCACUAGAUGAAUCACCCAAAAAAUUAAUUAGCACUAAUUCUCCAUUUAAUGACUUUUUUUUGACUCCAUUGAAAAGUACUGAAAACUUGAUUUCUCCAUUCAGUAUCACGAAAAAAUGUAUAACUUAUGAUAUAGCUGAUGAAAACAUGGCUUUUACUUCAUUUAACACAUCCCCAUUUAAGCCAAUAGAUGCUUCAACUGCAGCUAAGAUUUACACUCCUGAUAAUAGAAAACCGACAAGAGUAUCUGUAAACCUUUGUGAGAAAUUUGAAGAAAUACCAAAAAAUGAAUCAAAUAUAGAUGGUGCAACUUUUAUUAAAAAUAUCAGCUCAAAACAAUUUGAAUUGCCUCUAAAACUUGAAGAAUCCUUUAACAUGUCGCAAAAUCAUGAAUGGACUACUACUCGUAAACCUACACAUCAUACAAGGGUUAUUUCAAGCAGUACUAAGCCAAAGAGACCGUCAUUUGUUUUAAAAAAUUCUCCUUAUUACAAAUGUAGCCCAAAAUCUUCAUUAAUUUCUAAGAAUAGAUUGAAGCAAUAUAGCAUUCUUAGUCCACGGACUAAACAUUUGAAAACUCCAAAAUUGGAUAAAUGUGAUCAAUACCUCAAAUGCUUAGCAAAUCCAGAACUUGUGUAUCACAAUAAUGCUGAAGAUCCGUUUUUAAAAAUGUCUCAAUAUUAUGAAGCUGAAUGGUUGGAUCGUCAAGAAUCUGAUAUGAUUCGAUGGUUAAAUGCACUGCUUAUGCCUACUGAUAAAUUGGCAGAUGAAGAACAAGAUGACUUGGAKCAAGCAGCAAUGGCUUGGGAAGAGGCAUCCAAGACAAACCGUAGAAAUAAGCCUAUGCAAUUUGCUACCCAGAAAGAUCUGUUUGUAUCACAAAUAUACAAGCAGUGUCCCCAACAAUGGAGUGCAUUACGGAAAGCAACAUCAAAUCUUAUUACAUCUACAAAUGUCGCAACUGUUUUAUCAAAGUUGGCUGUAUCAAUAGAAAAAGAUUUCAUUACAGUUCGAGAUGAUCGUCAAAUACAUUUGGAUUUAAAUUUAAAGAAAAAAAUUACGGAUUUGUUAAAAUGCUUUAAUCCUCUGUGGUUACGAAUUGGUUUGGAAGCAGUGUAUGGUCAAUUAAUUCACAUAAAUCCUGGAUCUCAUGACUUAGAUGGAGUUGGAUGGUUUAUACGCAAAAAUUUGUUUAAUAAUGAUUUCAUUAAACAAAAAUUCACCAAAGCUACUGUUCUUCAAGUGAACCUUCCCUCUUACAAUAUCGCCAUGAAAAAAUUUAUUUUGAAAAAAAUAUUUAUGCUUGUAUAUUUUUUGGACCGCGCCAAAGAACAGCAACUUAUCAGACAUAAUCCUUGUCUUUUCAAAAUAGACUCUCCUUUUAAAAGUAGCCAAGACUUCUUGAUGGGAUUUUGUGCUGACAUGGUAACAGCAAAUGGAGACAUAAAUCGUCGAUUACGUAGUAUCGGCUAUAUUUUGACCCAUAAACAAACCCAUCUGGACGAAGUAAAUUAUGCAGUCAAAUCAUUAAAUGAUCUUAGAGAUGGUACCAGAAUCACUAAAGUCGUAGAAAUCUUGUUCAAAGGAGAACCACUGUCGCACAAACUAAGACUUCCCGCUAUAUCGAAACUGCAGAAAAUUCACAAUGUAAAUUUAGCAUUAACAAGGAUAUCUGAACAUAUUAGUAUCGAAGGAAAUAUUAGUACUCGUGACAUUGUGAAUGGUCACAGAGAAAAAAUGUUAUCAUUAUUCUGGCAAUUAAUUUAUAAGUAUUUAACUCCUCGAUACAAUAAAGCAGCAAAAACAAUUCAACAUUGGUGGCGAAACAAUACCCUAAAAUUUGCUAUCAUUAAAAGGAUUAGAGCUAAGCAGACAUUUAAACGUCACUUGGCUGCUACUAAAAUACAAGCUUGUGUUCGUGGUUAUUUGACUAGAAAACAUUGGCCACAUGAACAAGCAGAAUUGAUAAAAAACCGUGAAAAGUUACAUCUAGCGUCAACUAAAAUCAAACAAUACCUACAAAAUAAACUUAAACUUUUAACAGAAGAUCGAAAACAUUUUAUAAUUUUAAGAAGAACUACAGUGUUUGUUCAAAGAAAAUUUAGAUCCAAAAUUGSAAUGAAAAGAGAUCGACAACAAUAUAUAAAAGCUAAACAGUCAGCUUUACUUAUUCAAAAAAUGUAUCGUGGUUAUACAACAAGAAAAAACUGGUCGCAAAUAAAAAAUUCCCUUAUAAUAGAAAAGAUGAACAGAACUAAUUCCAUUAACGUAAUUAAACGCUUUCUCAGAAAGAACUUACCACCUACUGAAGACUUACUGUAUUAUAGAAAAUUAUUGCAUUAUACAUUGGCUGUUCAAAGAAAAUUCAGGGCAAAUAAUUUGAUGAAAGCACAGAUGAAAGCAUUUAUUAUGUUUAAAAAAAGUGCAAUAGUUAUACAACAAAGAUUUAGAGCAAAACAAGCAAUGGUUAAACAAAAAAAUCACUAUUUAAAACUUAAAAUGUGUGCAGUUAAAUUACAAGCUGUAACUAGAGGUUACAUUAUGAGGAAACAAUGGUCUGCAUUACACGCUGAGUUAAAAGCUAAUAGAUUGCGUUUAAUAAUUUGUAGUAACAUUAUUAAGAGAGCUCUUAGAAGUAAUCUUCCAUUGACAGAAGACCGUGUUCAAUUUCUUGAUUUAAAAAGGUCUGUUAUUGUUGUACAAACACGAUUCCGUGCUUUGAAGGAAAUGAAGCAACAAAGACAAAAUUAUCUGGAAAUAAAAACAUUAACUGUUAAACUGCAGAGUGUGGCUAGAGGAUAUAUAUUAAGAAAUCRAUGGCCAGCCCUACGAAGUGAGUUAAUACUAAAACGUCAACGUUUGAUCAAUUGUAGUAAUAUAAUUAAAAGACUUCUGAGAAAAAAUCUUCCAGCUAAUAAUGACCGUUUAAAAUUUCUUGAGCUAAGGAAAGCCACUACUCUUAUCCAAAGUAGAUUUAGAGCCAAUAAACAAAUGAAAGAAUAUCAGAUACUGCGUAACAAUGUUAUUGUAAUUCAAAGAAGAUUCAGGGCCAAUGUGGCUAUGAAACAACAAAAACUUGUUUAUAAAAACACCAGAGCAAAAAUUAUUCGACUACAAGCAUUCUUUAGAAGAUAUUUGGUUCUCAAAAAAUGGCCAGAAAUCAAAUAUAAGUUAGAAGCUAAUAAGAAACAAUUGAUUGCUGCUAGUAAUACUAUAAAAAAGUUCCUGCGCCAUUGUUUAUCACCUACUCCUGAUCGUUUAAGAUAUAUCAAACUGAGACAGGCUGUUGUGUACAUCCAGGCGAGAUAUCGGGCUGUUGUUACUAUGAAAUCAGCCGAACGAGAAUAUUUAUUAUUAAAAGAUAGUGUGAUCAUAAUACAAAGACAUUACAGAGCACAUAAGGCCAUGUUGUUACAAAAAGAGCGAUAUAAGCUUUUGAAGAAAUCUGCAAUUGUAUUGCAGACUCAUAUUAGAGGAUACUUGGCGCGUAGACGUUGGCCUCAGUUGAAAGAUAGUAUGGAAGCUAAACGUAGACUAGCGUUUGACACUUUUGAGUGCAAAAGGUYGUUAGCUGGCCAUGCAUUCUUAUUUGAGUUGAAAAUGGAAAUGCGAGCUGCCAUACAGUUACAAAUUUGGACCAGAAAUGUCAUGUCAAAUCGUAAACAUUUACAGAAAGAGAAUGUUGCUGCGUCUAUAAUACAAGCUUUUGUCAGAGGAUUUUUGGUAAGAAAGAAAUUACCAAAGAUUAAGGAAGAAUUACAUAAUCAUAAACUUGUACGAGCUGCAACUUUGAUACAGGCCAUAUGGAGAGGUUAUACUGUAAGAAAGAGAUAUCAAUGUAGACGAGAAACAAUUAGAAUUCCUUCAAAAAGUGCCCUCACGUUGGGAAAACGACACAAUGACGUGGUUGAUGUAUUGAACAAGCAAAGAAGGAAUGAGUAUUCCUAUCGAGAACUCGCUACAGUUUUCUGGAACUUAGAUACAUGUACAACUUUAUCCAAAGAGCUAUGCUUGAAGACAUCAGAAGGUAUAAUUGUGGACAGCAUAUUUCACUUUUUGCAUUAUUCCAAUCAGUCACAACCAAGUAUUGAUGCAAGAGAGCCAGCAAUCCGUGUGCUGACAAAUUUACUUAAGUAUCAUGAAACCUCUUGGCACAUCUGGGUGAGAACUGUGAAUGCUGAUAUGGUAAAAGACCUAAUCAAAAUGAUGAAGACAUGUUGUGGAAAAAUCAGCUCAAAAAAAUUGUAUUGUUCAAUUGCUACUUGGCUUUGGAUAGCCCUACAAGACCCGGAAAAAAAACUUUACAUCAAAAAAAUUCCAUCCGCUAUGGUAGACUUGAAAUUCAUGAUGGAUACUUUGAAAAAGAAGUACAUAWCAUCUAAAGUGGACAAAAAGACAAUGGUGUUACCCUCGACACGGCCUACAUGGAGUAUUGGCUCUAAAUGUCAAAAGUGUUUUGACUCUGACUUCUACGCAACAGUUCAAAUUUGCAAAUUGUUAGACAUUUAAAAUAAUUAUUACAUUUUUCUUACUUUUUUUUUUUUGCUUUUUGUCAUAACAUUUUAUU